AUGUCGACACCGUGCUCGUUAUCGGAUCAAAAUGCGGCGAGCAACGAUGCCACAAUUGUAGAAACGAAUUCGUCCCGAGAGUUGAAGGUGAGUACUUCAAUCAUUUUAAAUUACAAUGCUCUUUUACUUUUUGCUGGGAUUUUUUUCAAUUUACUAGAACGGAAAUUACUUUUUUUUUGUGCUCUUGACUUUAUCAAGAUUUUUUUUUGCAAACUAAUAGUGGAAACGUUUUUUUUUCGACCUUAUUGAGUUUUCCCCGAAGUAGAGUUGUUCCCGGAAAUUUUUGGUGAAACACACACACACACACAACAAAAAAAACAGAUUUUUUCCCAAAGUUGCAUGCAUAUCUCAUUCAUUCUCAGUUUUCCUCAUUCAUAAACACCACAAAAAUCAAUUUUUCUCUCCAUCUUUUUUCCUCUUUCAAAAAAGGCUUCACAUAUUAGUUUACUUUUUUGAUUUCCAUUCCCAUUUCCAUUUUCACUUGAUUUUUCUAUGAGGCAAGCAAGCAAAAAACCUAUAAGUAAAAUAAAUCUUCCUUUUCGCAACAUUGAAAAAAGGAUAUACAUAUGUUGAAGGAGGGGGUGAAAGCAAGCAAAGGAGAAAAAGUAGGCAAAAAAAAGAAGAAGAAGGAAAAAGUAGAAGAAAGAAGAAAAAAACGAGGAAAAAUAAAGCCUAAUUAUUUCCAAGCUCUCAAGAAAUUUCUCAGCAAUUAUCUUUAUUGAUUUUCCUUCAGUUUUACAUAGUGAUUUGUAGAUGAGGAAAAUGAGGGAAAACAUUUUUCACACACAGACAUAAAAAAUUGAUUUUCAGAUCUUCAAAAAAGUGAUUCGUGAUCCGCAACUUCGAGCGCCGUUUCAGGAAUUUCUUGAGCAACAAUUUUGCGCGGAAAACUUGAAUUUUUACCUGGCUGUAGAACAAUAUAAGGAAAUAGAUGAUUUCACGGUAACCAUGGAUAAUUUUCCAUUAAAAUUUCUCAACAAUUCAUAUUUCAGGAGAGAUCUCAAUUUGGGCGUCGAAUAUUCGAUCGAUAUUUUGCGAUGAAUAGUACUGAACCAGUUAAUAUAGACAAUUCAACAAGUAAACGAAUACGUGAAACUGUGGAUAGUGGUACUUUUCCAUGUGAUACUUAUGAUGUUGCACAAUAUCAAAUUCUACAUUUAUUGAAAUAUGAUUGUUGGCCAAGGUUUCUGAGAUCAGCUAGUAAUAAUCAACCGAGUUUCACUGAUGAGGAAUUGGCUGCGGAUGAUGAUGAGAAAAAUGGGCAAAGUCAACAGUCGUGUAAGUUUUUGAACUUUUAUAAUCAUAAGAUGGUUCUAAAGUGAAGAAAAAACUGCUCAAGAACAAUUUCGGAUUUUCAUUGAAAAUUAAUCGAGGUCUGUAAUUCACUGUUGCAUUUUGAACUCAAAUUUCACUAGAUUUUAGAAUAGUUCAAACCGUUCAAACAAACUCUGAAAAUUUGAAUAAUUGGUCCUCCUGAACUAGGCCACGUUUAAUCAGAAAAGAAUUGGAAAUUAUGAAAGUGUAUGCAACUAAUAAUUGCUAUACAUAUUUCUAUCAACUCUCAAAAACAGUAAGAUUAUUCAAUAAUCCCAGAACUUUUAUUUCAGCAGUUCACAAUACAUCGGAUGAUCAAUCUGGUGGUCCACGUGCACAAUCGCCAACAAGUGCCGCUGCCGAAGCAUCAGGUUGCACAAAAGAGAAACGCAAGUCAAUACUUUGGACCGGCUUCGACCGAUUUUCGCGUCGGUUACGUCGCGGUGACAGCGGUACGCCGACAAAUUGUUCACCCGAUGAAAUCGACGCGGAAGUAGUGCCUGCUGGAUCGGCGACAAAUUCGCCGGCCGCUGGAAGAGGUGUUGUUGGGUCAGCCGGUUCAAAACGAAGGUAUAUCUUCGCAGCUUCCAAACAAUACAGUAUGCCAGCGGAGAUGACGUCGCCCGUCAAGAAGAAUUCGUUGUCACCAACGCAAAUGCGAAGACGCGGAAGACCUGUCGAAGCCAAGCAUUGUCAAUUAAUGGUUGGCGAUCAAUUCAAUACCGAAACUGUUACCCUCGAUGAUCCGGUUGGUGAUUUUUCUGUUAUUUUUUCUCAAAAAAAACUUCUUUGAAAAAGCCUCCCCAUCCCAAAAAAGGCUCAGCUGCAUAGCAAUCCAUUUUUUUUAUAUUAUUUGUCCACCCCAGCGGAAGUUCUGAAUAACAACAAGUCGAUCCCUUCUCCCUUUUUCCUCUCUCUCUCAUUAAAAAAUAUUGUUUUUAAUUCAAAUUGUUUUUGUUGUCCAGUGCCUUCUUGAAUGUUAAGCCUUCUCGUAAUACUAUAGAUGAGGGAGGGGGAGGCAAAAAAUGGCAAAAAAAUACGAGCACCAUGAUGAUUGUUCCUAAGACCACCCACGUUGCCAACGGUUGGCUCAAAUUACAGCAUUUUAAAAAUACCUAGGGGUGGAAACAGGGAUGAUUGAGGGAAUACAAAAUUUGAUGUUUCAGAAGACUGUUGCAAUGGGGACUUUUUUCAAUCUCACAACCAGGGUCACAGGUCGGAUUUAAUGUUCCCAAUCUUGAGUUGCCCAGUCGUAAAUUUUCCACAAACAAUACAUCUUACCGUGAGAUUCGAAGCCUAUACCCAUCACCUUUAUGGUGUUUAUGGAAAAUUUCAGGUGUGAGAGUCACGAGAAGAAUGUUUUUCGCACCUCUAUAACAAUAACUCAAGGGACAUUAUGUCUGAACACCCCAUUAACAUGCACUGACUUAUUAGGAGUGUUAAGAUUGUAACGUGAAAGUCUGAAGAUCACCCGGUGCGUUAUUUUGCACCUACCCUCUCACACAGUACAGUGUCAAUUUAAUUGGGUAAAAUUUAUUAUUAAUAAAAGGGUGUCCCGGUGUUCUUUUACACCAAUUAUUAUGUUUGUUACAGCAAGUGGGGGCUAAAAACCAGAAAAUCAUUUUUUUCUCUUCUGUACAUAAAUACAUAGAUUAAUAAUGUAAGUGUAGGUAAAUAUUGUCAAAUCGUUAUCGAGUUAUAUAUAAUUCACGAGGUUUUUUCUUCUUUUUUUGUUCUUUUUCCUCUCCGUCGCCAUGAUCAAGAACUUUAUGAGCUCUUUCCUCUCUUUUUUUCCAUAGUUACUUGAAGCCACAAGGAGGAGGAGGACGAAAAAAUAUUUUUUUUUUCAUUAAUUUUAUGAAGGGUGGGGUAGGAUUUUGUUUUAAUUAUUCACGGGUGAUGCGAUGGAUGAAUGAAUGAAAGAAAGAGGGAGGAAAUAAGAAAAGGGGUUGGAAGACGAAGAAAAAACACAAAGGAAGGAAAAUUGAACUUUUCAAAAAUGAGGAAAAUAAGAAAAAUUAAUGGCAUAUGAAUUCUCAAUAAGGGUGUCAAAUAGAUGGAAAAAGGGACCGGAGGUCGGCAAGCAAAAAAUAUAAAACGAAAAUUUGACUCUUUACGGAAAUUACGGACUAUUAUUAGAGAAAUAAGAGAACAUUUUUGAGAAUUAGGAAAAAUGCAGGUAUGAAAAAAUUUAGUUUCCUCUAAAAUAAGGUUACGGAAAAGGUUAGACUUCCUAAUGAACGCGGUGAUUUGUGAAAAAAAAACUGACUUAUAAAUUUCAUUCAAUUUUUUGUUAAAUUAUCGUCUAAUGAAAAAAAAUUUACUUCAGACAAUGUCGGUUCGUAAAUGGACGCAAGAAAUGGCCGACGCUCAAGGUAUGGAUCGAUUUCACACCGAAGUUGUUGACGCUGAAACUGGUACCACCAUCGAUCCAGUGCGUCAAGCAAUUGAUGCGUUGCAAUCGCGUGCAUUGCGUUUGGUUCCUGUAGUGUCAUUUAUUGUCGAGUUUUUACCGCCUAAUUUUUCAUUUAAAAAUCCGACAACUACCCCGACAAAGUGAGUUUUUUUUGUCUUUCUGAAUUGUCAUUCAGACAAUAUUUGUAAUCUUUUACAGACUAAAAAUGCUGUUUUUUUGGUAAAGAAACCCCCAAGUUUUUGCAUGAUUUUUUGAAUCUCUUUCUGAUAAAACCAAAUAGAAACAAUUUUAGAAAUUUCAAUUUUCAAAUUUAUUCUUUUCAGAUUAAUAUGUGUUCGCGCUCGUCAUUCCUUAUCAACCGGUGUUGUUCUUCGUCCACUUUUGGCCAAAUAUACGGGUGGUGCAGAAACUGCAAAAAUUGUGCUCAACGGAACGUUGGAGCAAAUCAAACGAUCGAUUUCAGUGGGCAUGUUGUCGCAAAAAUGUUUGACAGUUAUGACCGAUUUGCAAUUUGCUGGUAAGUCGACUUUCCAGGAACUCUCUUCAAUAAUGUGCAAAAAGUUCCGAAAAAAAAACCAUGGAGUUCAAAAAAUGAAAACUGUUGUUUGCAUCCUAUUAUAUUUAUAUACAUUUUUUUGCGCUCUCUCUAUUAAAUGAAAAAAAAAAGAGUUCGCAGCUCUCCGUUUUUUUCUCCCGUCGUCCUCUCUUUUAUUCAACCGAGAAAAAGAAGGCCUUUCGCUUUGCGAGCGACAAAAAACAUUCUAUUUUGUGUGUCAUUUAAUCGCUCUUCCGUAAUCGAAUGCAAUUUGUCUCCAAACUCGACAUGAAAGCUAGAUGAAGAGAGGAGGCACACACAGUAGAAUGUAAAAAGAAACGACAAGUGUACAUUUAGAAAAGGGGUUAUAUUUUGGUAAACUUUCUGAUUUGAUAUAUAAUUGAUAUCAAAUUCACGAGGAACCUAUUUUUGAGAAGAACGGAGAAAUUAAUCAAAGUUUUUUUCAGAAUUUUUUUUAGAAACUCACCUAGAACCGGUAGGCCGAGUUUUAUAGAUCUCCUAAGUUUUGAACGCAGACAAAAUCAGCUCCAUAGUAUCAGAAAAUGAUCAGCGUAUGUAUACUUGCAAAAUGUAUAUUUAAAAAAAGUGUAUCUUAGAUUUUGAGGUUUAGAGUUGUGCAGAUUCAUUUGUUAUAAAAUUCUGAAUUUUUUAUUCUAGACUUAUUUAUACAGAAUCUAAACGAUUUCCUUUUCUACAAAUGCAGAAUAUAAUUUUUAGAACGCGUUGCAUCUGGAAAAACAUGCCUCCCUGCUCCAAGAGAUCCAAUCCUCUUCCAAUUGCCAAGCCUCAUCUAUGAGCAAAACAACUUCCAAUUCCAUCAAACUGGCGAUAUUUCCUAUUGCGAGAUUCCAACCGAAGCUGAACGCAGCAAGCAUGCUCAUUCGCAACUUCACAAUGAUUCGCAAAAUGCACCACAUCAGCAAAAAGUAAUGCAGAAAUACUAGAACCUGGUUAUAAUUUUUCUUGAUUUCUAGGAAAACACCAAAAGUCUGUUCAACAAAUUUGUCCGAAAAGCCUCUCACGCUGUCACCAAAAGCGAUCAAUCAUCAUCUGCAAAUGCUGAGAAAAUGGUAUCCUCACCAUUACCCGAAUACUCAUAAAAACUGUAAUUUUUCAGGCUUCUGGAGUGUAUUGUUCACCAUCAACAUCAACACCGUUGUCGAAUAAAACAUCCCAGAAUAAUAACAAUAUUAACCAUGGGGCUAAUCAGAUUAAUCAGGCUGCAAACAAUUCGUCAACAACAGCAUCCUCGUCAUCAAAUAAUAAUGGCGACUCAAAUAAGAAUCGUUUGAGUAUUUUCAACAAGAAUGUUAGUUUUUUGGGACAUGAGACACUUUAGAUAGAUUGGAUUUCAUUCAAGGCGUAAAAAUCUUGCCUGAUCAUGUUUUUUUCGAAAUCCUUUGAUAAUACCAAUAUGGUAGCCUAACGUGCUUAAUGUUAGUGAAGGGCUAUAAAUUUUGAUUUAUCAAUUCUAUUUUUGAAUAGAAAAUAUUUCAGAUUACGCUCUCAUGGUGAGAAUCCUUUUUUGCUCGUUCCCUUCUUUUCUCGAAAAGAAGUCACAUUAUCUCCUUGAAAUUCUACAAUUUAUGUUCACAAAAACUCACAAAACCACAUUUUUUGCAGAAAAGCGACAAGAAGCAAGGAGCUGUGAAAGGCGAACUCGAAAAAUGCAAAGCCAAAUCCGAAGACACUCCAGCAUCUUCAAUGCCAACCACUUCAGCAUCUACUUCCGCUUCCACUUCUACACCAAAACCACCAGUUGAAGUCACACCAAAUGGUGCAGGUGGUGUGAAAGAAGUGACGAAUAUUCGACAUCCAGCGAUUUUUUCAACAAAAGUUGGGAAUGAAGGUGCAUCAACAAGUGAAGUGAAUAAUUCGAUUCCAAUCUCGAUUUCGACAUCGACACCGGUUACAGCAUCUGUAGUAUGCUCAACAUCGACGACGAUACCAUCAACGUCAACAGCCGGUGCAAAAUCACCUAAACCAAAUCUGAAUUCGCCAUCAAAUGCUGAAAAUCAACGCGAAUCGACGUGGCAGACAGCUGCAUAUGUUUAG